UUUGACCUAUACAGAAUUCGAGUUAUACAGAAUUCUCUAGUCAGAACAGACGGAAUCAAAACAUUCAAACGGCAUAUUAAAAUAUAUGUAUGUAAGUGGUGUGACGGAGUGAAUCGUCACGCCAUCUCUGAAUAAUUUCCCCCCGACCGGUGCUGAGUGCGGACCGCGGUAAUGUAGGUGCCGAGCUGCCAAGUGACCCACUAGUAGAAAAGAAAGUGUGUCGCUUGGCAAGUUAGUUCGGUAGUGCGAGGUCAGGACCAGCGAGUAGGUGAGAGAGAGAUAGGAGGAGUGCCAAGAGAAGCGGAAAGAGAGAGAAGGAAGCUAGGAAGAAGACGAGGCAACAGGUGAAAGAAAGCGUCGGUGUCUUGACAAUACUUUUGCCACCAUUAUUGCUUUAGCACGUGCUGAACUACUUUUGUCGCGCUUCGUAUUAGAGAAACGUACGCGAGUAAUUUCUUUCUUUUUGUAUGAAAGGUGAGAAUAUUUUGAGAAAGUGGUUGAGAGUAAUUUGAAAUUUGUAGAGAUUUAGAGCGGAAUACAAAGUGUUGUGAUUAAUUUUGAGAAAUAGGUGUAGAUUAAAAAUAAAGAGAAUAUUUUUGUGAAGUGAAAUUAUUUGGAGUUCAUUUUUGUUCCGGUGAGACCUUCCCUUACAACACCCUAGAGCUUCGCCAGGAGCCGAGUUUCACCGGGUGCUGAACUACAAAUCAUCGUGGACGGAGGUGUGUACCAGUGCCGGAGCCGGAAUUCUAGGAAGAGAAAGAUGCCAUAUUCAAAGAAAGGUACCAGAGGAGAGUCACGGCCUAGACACCGGCCAUCGUCAGAGUUUAACCCAGUUGACAAUAACGGAUCGAGGCCAAGGACGAGUCGGACAGUGCCAGUGCGCAGAACCUUCGUAGAGGACCAACCAAGAUAUGAGGAGCGAGAGAGACCAUCCCUUUUAAGCUUCCCUAUCACGGAAACGGUGCGUCAGACACCAAUUGUGCCGGAAAAGAAGAAAGAACGUGUGGAGGAGACCCACACCAAGUGCCAGAAGGAAAGAGAAGGGAGUAAUGACAAAAUAGGAGAAGAGGAAGGAGCCGUCGGAGGGGUUUUAGAGCCGAUUAUCCCGGUCGACCAAUGGGACGACAUAGCUAGCCUUGAGAGAAAAAGGGAACCCAAGAUGAACCCAAAUGUAGAGAUCGUCGUGCCAUAUCGUUGGCCACUACAACGAAAGAAGGGAGAGAGCAAGGAGGCUUUUCACAGUCGGUUAGCCGAGGAAGACUUAGAGAGAUUCCUCAGACAAAUGGAUAAACCGACAUCCUCAAAACUAGAAGAUCUCCGUUAUAAGCAGAGACAGGUUCUAAAGGAACGUUCCGGUGGUGUUUUACGAAAAGAGGAUAUAGAAAGUAGGCACCCGACGCCCCAGCGACCUCGUUCUCACACGCCACCAGGACCACCCAAUCGUCCAAUGGAAACUGGCGCUGUGAGAAAAGAACGUUCCGGAAAGCCAAGACGAGAAGAACCAACCCGACCCUUAAAAGUAAAGACAAGAGGAGUUAUGUUCGGAGGACUUAAAGAGAUCCCAACUGAUGUAGAUCUCGACCCUCCUCCGUAUUCAUGCUUCAAUUGUUGGCAAAGAGGUCACGCAGCGAACUUUUGCCCAAGCACCAUAAAAAGGACUUACUGUUUAAAUUGUGGCCGACGACGAGUGUCAGUACAUAACUGCCCCCGUUGUAGCGAACAAGCAAAACGGUAUAUAUGGGAGGACGAAAUGGAAGAAAGAGACGAGAGACUAGAAAAGAGGAGAGAAGAAACGGAAGAGCUGACGAGAGAAAUUGAGCUGGAAAACGAGAUGAUAGUCGGGGGGGACGAGGAACCCGAGAACACUGAGGCCGAGAAGAAACCAGCCGAGAAGGAGAAAGCGGAAAGAGAAGCCAAACCGGAGAAAGAGAUGAUACAAGAGCCAGAAGCCGAUGACGAUUUGGUAGAAAAGUUGCUCAAACUGACCAAAGCGUUUGAGGGGCUACCAGCGUCAACUUUGGAUUUGGCAAUCCGUCAACUUCUAGAGGAGAGAAAACGGGCGAGGAAGUAAGAAGACCAAAAAGGUGUGCCAGGUAGAGAAUUAGUCGUGCCAGGUAGAGAAUUAGUCGUGCCAGAUGAAGAUUUGUUCGUGCCAGGAAGGAUAAAUAGAAAUUGCCAGAAAUGAGCCAGACAGUGGCCGAAGAUUUGGUUACUGACGGUCCUACAAGGAGUAGUACCGGUCAUGGGGGGGGAUUGUGACGGAGUAAAUCGUCACGCCAUCUCUGAAUAAUUUCCCCCCGACCGGUGCUGAGUGCGGACCGCGGUAAUGUAGGUGCCGAGCUGCCAAGUGACCCACUAGUAGAAAAGAAAGUGUGUCGCUUGGCAAGUUAGUUCGGUAGUGCGAGGUCAGGACCAGCGAGUAGGUGAGAGAGAGAUAGGAGGAGUGCCAAGAGAAGCGGAAAGAGAGAGAAGGAAGCUAGGAAGAAGACGAGGCAACAGGUGAAAGAAAGCGUCGGUGUCUUGACAAUACUUUUGCCACCAUUAUUGCUUUAGCACGUGCUGAACUACUUUUGUCGCGCUUCGUAUUAGAGAAACGUACGCGAGUAAUUUCUUUCUUUUUGUAUGAAAGGUGAGAAUAUUUUGAGAAAGUGGUUGAGAGUAAUUUAAAAUUUGUAGAGAUUUAGAGCGGAAUACAAAGUGUUGUGAUUAAUUUUGAGAAAUAGGUGUAGAUUAAAAAUAAAGAGAAUAUUUUUGUGAAGUGAAAUUAUUUGGAGUUCAUUUUUGUUCCGGUGAGACCUUCCCUUACAACACCCUAGAGCGUCGCCAGGAGCCGAGUUUCACCGGGUGCUGAACUACAAAUCAUCGUGGGUAAGUCCCACCAAUAUUGUGCCAGUCUUGGUCCAGUCGUGUCCCAGCGUUGGCGUUUCUGUCGUCAUUUUCUCGGACAGAAUUCCCUCAUGAGAGUGAGAGUGUCUCUGAGGUUUUGCUAGCCGUUUUGAUUGUUGUUCAUGUAAUUGUGUCUAAAGUUUAUUAAUUAAUCUUAAAAUUAAUUGGCGCCUGAUGGCGAAUU